ACAACCUGAGAGACGACCUGCCGCUCCGCCCCGCCCCGCGGAAGCGCGCCAGCGGCCCGGCGAAGGAGCGACUCGAGUCGUGGGGAACGACGGGUUUGGGAGCGCAGGAGGUGACUGAAGGAGCAGAGCCCAGCUUCGAGUGCCCAGCAUGGAUAACUAUGUGGUCCUGAGAGUGAUCGGGGAGGGUUCCUUCGGCAGAGCUCUUUUGGUUCAGAAGGAACGCAGCAAUCAAAUGUUUGCCAUGAAAGAAAUAAGGCUUCCCAAGUCUUUCUCUGAUACACAGAAUUCUAGGAAGGAGGCUGUUCUGUUAGCCAAAAUGAAACACCCCAAUAUUGUUGCCUUUAAAGAAUCAUUUGAAGCUGAAGGACAUCUGUAUAUUGUAAUGGAGUAUUGUGGUGGAGGAGAUCUAAUGCAAAAGAUUAAACAACAAAAGGGAAAGUUAUUUCCAGAAGAUAUGAUACUUAAUUGGUUUACACAAAUGUGCCUUGGAGUAAAUCAUAUUCACAAGAAAUAUGUACUACAUAGAGAUAUCAAGACCAAGAAUGUCUUCCUCACCCAAAGUGGAAAAGUGAAACUGGGAGAUUUUGGAUCGGCCCGUCUUCUCUCCAAUCCCAUGGCAUUUGCUUGUACAUAUGUGGGAACACCUUAUUAUGUGCCCCCAGAAAUUUGGGAGAACCUGCCUUAUAAUAAUAAAAGUGACAUCUGGUCCUUGGGCUGCAUUCUGUAUGAACUCUGUACCCUGAAGCACCCAUUUCAGGCAAAUAGUUGGAAAAAUCUUAUCCUCAAAAUAUGUCAAGGGUCCAUCCACCCAUUGCCACCUCAUUAUUCCUAUGAACUUCAGUAUCUCAUCAAGCAGAUGUUUAAAAGGAAUCCCUCACAGCGCCCUUCAGCCACCACCCUGCUUUCCCGAAGCUGUUUGGGUUCCCUCAUCCAGAAGUGCUUACCCCCUGAGAUUAUCACAGAAUAUGGAGAACAGGUAUUAGAUGAAACCGAAACGCGUAAGCAUAAUACACCAAGAAAAAAGGACCCCAGCAGAAUCAGGACAGCUUUGGGAAAUGAAGCAAGCACAAUGCAACAGGAAAAACAAGGAAGGAAGUACAGCCAUAAUGAUUUUGAAAGCACUAAUACAAAUUCAGUUGAAAAUGCAUUGAGGAAAGUAACCAGAGGAAAAAAAGACUCAGGUAAUCAGUCAGCCCAUGCCAGAAAAGCCAAAUCACCAAGUCCUCACAGGCGACAGUGGGAGACAAAUGUACCCAGUACAGUUCUUUCAGCUUUGGAAAAUGCAUCCAUACUCACCUCCAGUUUAACAUCGGGGGAUGACAGAGGUGGUUCUGUAAUAAUGUACAGUGAAAAUAAUACCCGUAAGCAGUGGCUCAGGGAGACUCCUGACACAUUGUUGAAUAUCCUUAAGAAUGCAGAUCUCAGCCUGGCAUUUCAAACAUAUACAAUAUAUAGACCAGCAGGAUUCUUAAAAGGCCCUUUGUCUGAAGAAACAGAAUCAGCAGACAGUGUUGAUGGAGAUCUGGAUGCUGUCAUUUUGGAUCCAGAGAGAAUGGAACCUCGGCUAGAUGAGGAGGACACGGACUUUGAAGAAGAUGACGAGAGCCAGGAUUGGGUGUCAGAACUGAAGGAGCGAGUUGGAUGGCAGGGCAUGGGUGAUGGAUAGUGUCUGCGUGAUGUGGGGAAGAUGUUUCACAUGAGGAAUUCAUGUUUGGAAACAGAAUGAAGAGGUUGAAACUGUUAAUAUUUAAAAUUGUUCCUCACUAGUAUGACUGAGUUUUUUAAAAACCUAGAAUUGGGCUGGGGAUGUAGCUCAGCAGUGCCUCGCCUGCCUAGCAAGCGAAGGUCCUGAGUUUUAUCCCUGGUCCCGGAAAAAAAAAAAUCUAGAAUUCUGAGCUGGGCAUGGUGGCACACACGUGUAAUCCCAGUACUUGGGAGGCUGAGGCAGGAGGAUCACCAUGAGUUUGAGACCAGCCUGGACUACGUAGUGACUUCAAAGCCAGCCUGAACUACAAAGUGAGACUCUGUCAAAAAACAAAUAACAUCUAGAAUUCCUAUGAAAUUUUUUAACACAUUGGAGAAGGUAUAGCAGAUGGGUAUGAGCUUCAGGCUUUACAGUCCAAUAGAUAAGAGACUGGAUGCUAGCUCUGCCACUGUGUGAUUUUAGAAUGUGACUUGACUCCUUGCCUAUAAAAUGAAGAUUUAUAAUGCCUACCUUCUAGGGACGCUGACCACAGACAAUUAUAGGAGCCCAUGCUACUAGUCUGCUAACGAUUUGUGUUUAUUACUACAUAAUACUAUAUACUCCCUAGAGUUGAGGGUCUAAAUAUAUUUAAUCAUAACAGGAUAUUGUGUGUGGUUUCUCUGUAAGACCUAGAUCAUUUCCAGUGAUCUUUACCAGUUACUAGCUGUCCUUCAAUACAGCCCCUCACAGGAUGCAUGAAAGACCCCAUGCAGGUUGGAGCAUCCGCAUGGUGAGAGAGGGGUAGCUCUAGAUCUUGUCAGUGAUAGCAGUCAGUCUCGCGCUUAAUAGAGGAGCAAGGCGACAGUGAGGUUCACCUGGCAAGUGUCAGAAAGCAUAAAGUGGUGUGGAAUAAAUGAGGGGAGGAUCCCUGCAUGUGUGGGUCACUGUGUACAUGCACACAUGCUGGGUCCUUGUUUAAUACUGUGAUACUUCAGUGAGGUGAGAAUAUUCUCCUCACUAAACAGGCCUCUCUCUGCCUCCCAAGUACUGGGAUUACAGACGUGAACCACCAUGGCAGGCUGAACACUUCCCUUCUGACACUCCAAGGAGAUGGCCCCAGCUGGGCAUAGUGGCACACACCUCUAAUCCUAGCGCUCAGGAGGAUGAGGCAGGCGAGUCUGAAGCUCAAGACCAGCCUUGGCUACAUAAGGAGACACUGUCUCAAAAAAACAAAAUCCAAACCAAAAAAAAUCUAGAAUCCCCCAGGGUAUAAAUAUUUUCAAACCAUCAAACAAAGUGAACUUGGAAUUAUGUAUGCAUAGUUAUUGACAUGCUGAAUGAAUCGUGGAUAAUAAAUCCUUCAGAGGCUGGGGAUAUAGUUCAGUGGUAGAGUGCUUGUCUAGAUGCUCAAGGUCUGGGUUCCAUAUACAGCACUGAAAAAAAAAUCCUUCUGAAAAAUCAGAUGAUUUGCAGGGUUUUGCUUUUAAUAAAAUUUCAGGAGACUCUGGAAUUA